UUAGUUGAAAUGUCGAACGUUGAGCUGCGUAUUGAUUCAAAGCUUGGUGAUUUUGCAAAGUGUUGAAAGAAGAACGAAGCCAACGCAAAGCAAUGAAUGGUUAUGCGCAUACCUAAAGAACAAUACAAAAAUUUAAUAUAAAAACCACUUGGAUGUACCGAACAAGUUCAGUUUCAUUUGGAAGGGUUCUUUUGAGCAGAGGUUUUAAAAUAUGGCAGGAAAUAAUCAUAGGCUUGUUUUACCAGUACCAAUGUAUCACAGCGAUUACAACAUUUGGUCAGUUUUAAAAAAUUGCAUAGGAAAAGAAUUAAGCAAAAUAACAAUGCCCGUCGUAUUCAACGAACCAUUGAGCUUCCUCCAACGGAUUGCGGAGUACAUGGAAUAUUCCCACCUUCUAAGAGUUGCUUCCGAACAACAAGAUCCCAUUGCAAGAAUGCAAUACGUAGCCGGUUUCGCCGUGAGUGCUUUGGCAUCGAAUUGGGAACGCCUCGGAAAGCCGUUUAAUCCCCUAUUGGGCGAAACGUAUGAGUUGCAAAGAGAAGAGUUCAAGAUAAUUUGCGAACAAGUCAGUCAUCAUCCCCCAGUAUCGGCUUUCCACGCGGAAAGCAAAGAUUGGAUUUUUCAUGGAUCAAUACACCCCAAGUUGAAGUUUUGGGGGAAAAGUGUUGAGAUUCAACCGAAAGGAACCGUUACAGUUGAAUUUCCAAAAUGGAACGAAGCUUACACUUGGACGAACGUUCAAUGUUGCGUCCAUAACAUAAUAGUAGGAAAACUUUGGAUGGAGCAAUACGGAAACAUGGAAAUAACCAAUCAUUCAAACGGUCUUAAAGCAUGUUUAACUUUUAAACCCGCUGGGGUGCACUCAAAAGACAUCCAUAAAGUUGAAGGAUACAUCCAGGAUAAAUCCAAACAAAAAUUGUAUUUCAUUUACGGAAAAUGGACCGAAUUUCUAAAAUGCGUCGAUUACCCUUCGUACGAAGAUUACACAAAAGAAUCCCUUCAAAAAGGAAAAAGAGAAUCAAAAAGCCCCAACGAGUCGCCAUCGCACACCCCCAAAAAAGUUUUGCAAAAACUAAACAGCUUAAAAGUUAGCCCGUUUAAAAAUGCAGAGAGUGUAGAUGAUGUUCCUCCUUACGAAUACCCCGAAGGUGAAUUGCCCAAAACCGAAUCAACUUACUCUUUAGAUGUACCAAAUUCAUUCGAAAUUUGGAAAGUUACUCCUCGUCCACUUCAAAGCGCCGAUUAUUAUCAAUUUACCGAAUUUGCGAUGUCGCUCAACGAGCUUGAUUUGGGCAUGGAUGGUACAAUAUGCCGCACGGAUUCCCGUUUCCGCCCGGAUAUAAGAAAAUUGGAACAGGGAGACAUCGACGGUGCAGCCAUCGAAAAAACACGAUUAGAGGAAAAACAACGAGACGCUAGCAAACAACGGAAAACUAAAAAAACCAACGAUUGGGUGCCAAGAUGGUUCCAAGCAGGUACAAAUCCUUAUAGUAAACAAGAUGAUUGGCUUUAUAAUGGGAAUUAUUGGAAAAGACAGUACACAACUGAUUUGGAUAUAUUUUAAAAAGGACAAUGAAAAUUAGAAUAAUGGCUGCUAUGAUAUUUUUCUAGGAAAUUUUAGGGAAGCGGUGCCAAUGCGAAACGCGCGCACUAAAAACCUAUAUAUCCAAACGCAAUACGAGUAAAAUGUGUUUUACCGAAGUAAAUGUAGCAAAUAAAUAGUUAUGUAAAUAAACAAACAUGAAUAAGUUUCGUGCCGCUGGCAAAAAAACAAAAAAAAUUGUUUUGUACCGGUACUGAAACGAUUCGUUAAAAAAAAUAUAAACAAAUAUAUAGAUAAUAGAUCAUUUAGCUAUAAUUAGUUACAAUACAAGAAGACCCAUAACCUGUCAAGUCUAAUUUUUAAGAGAUGUAUAUGCAUUGUUGCUUGCUGUAUACAAUAUGUAUGUUGUGUUGAAUUAGGAAAUAUAUUUCGUUAAUUACAAUCUGA